AAGACGAAGACGAAAAGUUAUCUGAAGGGAUACUAAAGCGAAACACAGAUGAACUAAUCAUAAAGCGGACUAAUUCAUUGGAAUAUGAGGCUUCCAGUACAAAGGUCAAGCCUGGAUUUUAGCAAUCCCGCACCAAUAAAUUGAAUUAAGUAUUACUUUUGUUUUGGUUGUUCUUUACAGAUGGCGCUUAAAGAUAUCUGGGGAGCGUUUAAAAAGGAUUUUUCUGAAAUUACUUUGGGAUUGGCAGAUAAGUUUGAUGAAGCAAUUCAAAUUGAAGAGAAACUUCCAGAAACCGUAGCGCAUCAAUAUGACCAAACAGGCGACCAUUUUAACGAAAUCGAAUAUCAUAAAGAAGCCCUAGCAAUAGCGGAAAGACAUGGCAACAAUGAUGAAAAAAGAGAAGCUUAUCUCAAAUUAGGAGAAUUGUACUAUCAAAAUGGAAAAUACCGACUUUCGAUGGAACACCUCAUAGAGUUUUUAAGAUUUGGUUGUCACGAUCCAGCUGAAAAAGCUUUAGCAAUGAAUUAUUUAGGACUUUGCUAUUCUUCUAUUGAUCAAUAUAAGAAAGCCAUUCCAUACUAUGAAGAGUGCUUGGAGCUUUUUCAACACUUGGGUGACAUUGAGAAAGUCGCAGAAACCAACGCUAAUUUAGGAAUUGCGUACUCGAAAGAAAAAAUAUAUGACAAGGCUAUAAAGAGUUUAAACACAACCAUUGGAAUUUCAGAUGGAAAAUUUCAAGAUGUCGAACAAGCUGUAAAUUACCAGCUUGGUUGUGUAUACCAAAAUAUGAAUGAACACGAGACGGCCGUUACUUUUUAUCUGCGUUCUCUUCAGUUGGCUAAAGAAUUAAAGGACAAUACGAAAAUUGCGAGCGCAUACUGCGCAUUGGGGGAGAUUGAUUUUAUCCGAUGCCUGUACCAACCUGCAAUAAAAAAUUACGAAAAAUGCUUAAAGAAUGCCAAAAAAGCUGGGGAUGGGGCACUGAUCGCAUUAGCGUACGAAAAUUUGGGAGGUUCUUACUCGAAUGAUGGCCAGCCGAAAAAAGCUAUUGAAAGUUUCAAGCAAUGUAUGAUUAUUGCUAAUGAACAAACUGAACUAGCUGAUUUGCAUUUAAAAUUGGGCAAGGCUUACACGUCAAGCAACGAAUACGAAACGGCCAUCGAUCACUUUCGCAAGAGUUUGGAGUUGGUUAACGACAAGAACACUGAAGGUGAAAUAUAUGAGUGUUUAGGAGUCAUUUAUCACAAUGACUAUCAAUAUCAAGCGGCGGAAAAGCAUUACAAAGACGCACUACAAAUUGCAAACGACCAGCAAAAUAGAGAAUUGCAAGCCCGCGUGGAUAUUAAAUUGGGAAAUCUAUUCUUAGUUCAGGAGAACCCCACAGAAGCUUUUCCGUAUUUCUACGAAGCAGUGGAAAUUGCUCAAAAUGUAGAAAAUAAAGAAAGCCUUGCAGAUGCUUAUAGAGGGUGGGGAAACGCGUUUCACAGUGAUUCCAGUUUCCAAGAAGCCAUAGAUAAACACACAAAGAGUUUGGAACUCGCAAAACAUGACAGAAAACGAGAACAAGACGCACACGAGUGUUUAGGAGAUGAUUUCUUUGCCUUACAGAAUUGGUCUGAGGCCAACAAGUGCUACAGUAGUUCCUGCUCGAUUGCAAAAGAGGACCUAGACAUGGAAACAGUCUAUCGAUUGAAAAAAAAAUUGGGUGAAAUUUGCGAGAUAAACAAUGAUUACGACAAAGCACUAGUUUACUAUAAAAGCUGUUUAGAUCUUGCUGAAAAUGACGAACAAAAGAAUACAGAAGUGCGCAUAGCGAUGUAUCAGGUGCGAAAAAUCAUUGGAGAUAAUUGUCAGGAAAACGACGAUUACGCCAAUGCUAUUAUUCAUCAUAAAAUCUGUUUAGAAAUUGCUCAGGAAUUGGAAGACAAAUCACGAAUAGCGGAAUCGUACAGAGUCAUUGCUUCCUCCUACGCCAACAUUAAUCAACCACAAAGGUCUCUGGAAUUCUAUGACCAAUAUCUUGAGAAGUUAGCUGAUUCAGAGACAAACAUCUCAGAACUUACUGCUUUUUUACUUCCUGUUUUUCUCGAAGUAGGAGAAUUAUGUGCAAAAUAUAACGACCCACAAAAAGUUAUUUCCUUCUAUCAGAAAUGCUUUGAUCUUGGUGGCAAUAUGUUUAAGAGAAAAGCGCUUGGGUUGUUGGCAGAUGCAUAUUACGACAAACACGAUUAUGAAGAAGCUCUAGUACAUUAUCGGGAACAUCUCAAUCAUGCCGGACCAGAUGAACAACACCAAAUAUAUUAUAAGCUCGGAAAAACAGCCUUUUUCCUAAAUAACCUCAAUGAGGCAUUUAUAAAUUAUUUCAAAGCACUGGAGCUUGCUCAAGAUCUGGCAGAUCCAGAUAUGGAAAUUGAAGCAAGCAUUUGCGAGGCACUAGGAGAUGCGUAUUUUUCCAAAUCUGAUUACAAGAAUGCGAUCGAAUACCAUUUGAAGCAUGUCGAAUUUGCCAAUUUUCUGGAAAAAGACAUACGAAAGCAGAGGGCUUUUCAAAGCUUAGCUAACGCGUAUAGUGCUAAUGGAGAAUGGGUAAUGGCUAUAGAGAACUACUGGCAUUCCCGUGUUGUCGCAAACGAUGAAGCAGCAUUACAGAAAUGCGAGGCAUUUAUCGAAGCUAAUGCUCGAGCGCUAAAGAAUUCCUGCGAUAAAUACACACUCAAUGGCGACUACGACAAAGCUCUUGAGAUGCAAACAAAAUAUCUGGAAGUUGCCACAAAGAUUGGCGACAGCGCUCAAGAAGGAAGCGCCAACUGCAACAUAGCGGAAGUACAUAUGGCCAACGGUCAAUAUAUGGAAGCGGUAAGGUUUAGUCGUAGUGCGUUGCAAAUUGCUGAGAACGACGCCAGAAGAGCGAAAGCAAACGGUAUUCUGGGCUGUGCUCACUCGGCACUUGGUAAAUACAUAGAGUCAGAGCGUUUCCACCGCACGGAAAUCGGUAUUGUUGAAGCAUCAGGUGAAAAAUCAGGGAUUGCUCGUGCAAACGGAAACGUCGGAGUGGCUCUGCUUGGUAAAGGUGAUCCCGAAAAAGCUGUUGUUUUCUUUAGAAUCGAAUUGAAGCUUGCGGAAGACAUCCAUGAUAAAAUGGAAGAAAGCCGAGCGAAUGAAAAUCUCGGCAGUUAUCACGCAGAUAUUGGCAACUGUAAGGAAGCAAUUGAAUAUUACCAAAAAUUCUUGUCGAUUGCUGAAGAGAUUGGCGAUAAGGCAGGAAUUGGCCGAGCAAAAGGAGCUAUAGGAAUGAUGUUGACCGAAAUGGGACACUAUCAAAAUGCAAUAAAAUAUCAUGAAGAGGAAAAAAUGAUUGCACAGGAGCUUAGAAACGAAGUACGAAGAGGUCGGGCGCUUGGAAAUCUUGGUAAAGCAAGCACAAGUCUGUGUGACUACGAAAAUGCCAUUGCCUUCCAAAAGCAGAGUUUGAAGAUUGCUGAAGAUAACCAUGUCCAAGGUGAUGAAAGACGUGCUUAUGAAAAUUUAGGAAAUGCUCACCUUGCAAGUGGUCAGUACAGGAAAGCCCUUGAAUGCCAAGAUAAAGCAUUGAGACUUUCUCAACAGCUUGGUCACAAAGCAGCCGAAGGACGAAUUCACCAAAAUAUGGCAAAGUCGUAUCACUUAAGUGGUCAGAUUGGAAAGGCUAUUGAUUUAUGCAAGAAAGCUUUGGCUAUUGCCAAAGAGGUUGGCGACAGAGCCGGACAGGGAAGGGCUUUAGGAACAAUGGGGAGAGGAUUGGUGGAGUUCGGGCAGAAUAAGCAAGAGGCAAGUUUUAAUUGUCGUGAAUACUUGAGGAUUUCGAAAGACCUUUCGAACAAGGCUGACGAAGAAAAUGCCCUGGCAAACAUGGCUGCUGUGUUAAUUGAGAUAGGACAAUACGGCAAGGCUCUUCAAUGUUGUCAUGGGUCAUUGGAUAUCGCAAAAAGUCUUCAGGACGAAGGCAGGGAGGGGAGAGCCUACGGAAAUUUGGGUAAAUUCUAUAUGGCAGUUGGCCAAUAUGAAGAAGCUAUUAAAAACCACCAGGACCAUUUAAGAAUUGCUAGGAAAUUGGGCGACAAGGCAGAAAUAGGAAAGGCUAAUGGAGAUCUUGGGGAUGCCUACAACAAAAAUGGUCAGCAUGAACAGGCAAUGAAAUGUCAUAGUGAAGACAAAGACAUUGCCAAAGAGCUUGGCAACCAAGCACGAGUUGGGCGGGCGCAAGGAAACAUGGGAAAUACGUACGCCCUCAUGGAACAAUUUGAGAGAGCGUAUCGCUGUUAUCUUGAGCGUCUGAAUAUUGCUGAGAAGCUGAAUGACAAAUCAUCAUUGGCAAGGGCUUUGCUUGGUUUAGGGGAGUACCAUAUGAACCAUGACCAUUUCAAUGAAGCGAUUGAAAAACUGAAUCGACUGCUUGACAUUUCGUUGCCUAACGAUCUAGACAGCCUAGAAUUAACAGCAAUUGCACAGGAAAUGCUGGGGCAAUGUUAUAGACACUCCUGUAUUCCCAAGGCAUGUUCCUUCUUCGCUAAAUCAAUAAUAAAUUUCAAGAGGAACCGCAAUUCCUUAGGUGAUAUGGAUCAAUUCAAUAUUUCCCUGUCCAAUAGAAAUGCCCACGUUCAUAAAUUGCUUUUCGAAAGUAUGCUCAAUUUACAGAACAAAAUUACAGCCCUUGUUGUGUCAGAUUGUGGUAAAGCACAAGCUCUUUGUGAUUUAACAUGGAAGAUGAGUAAUCAUAGUAUUGUUUUUCCGUUUAUUUCCUUUGAUCCAAUGGAGACCAUUGCUAAAGAUCCAUCCUCUAGCAACUUGGAAACUUUGCUCAACGAUUCAUUGUUCAACGUGCUCCAUUCUCGUCAAGCUGAUUCAAUCAUUUCGUACGCAUUUGGAGAAGAUGAAGAACUGCAUUCGUGGGUGAUUUCUCAAGGCGUAUCUCACAAGCGAUUAAAAAUAGAUCACAAAAUGUCGAUGAAAGAUUUUUCAAACCGCCACAUUUCUCUUCUUAAAGAACACCUUGGCUUGCGAAAUGCGAAGAAAGAUACCUCGCAGGAGGACGACAGGGCUGCAUACGCCGCAAUCGAGAUGACGGAAUGCAAUCCUGUAUUCUCGAUGACUGACGAAAUUUUAAGUGGAGGAAAAGAUUAUCCUAAAAAGUCAGCCAAUGGUAAUUCUUUCCAGAAAAACGAUCCUGGCAACAACCAAUCCCCACUGAAACCUAAUAUUUUGCCACCGAAUGCACCUUAUAAAGUUGAUCUGCAAGACCUCUACGCUGCAUUAAUCCAACCUAUUGAGGAACACCUGCACGGUUCAAAACUGCUCAUCGUUCCCGAAGGCCCGUUGUUUACGCUCCCAUUUGCUGCCCUUCUGGACUCCAGUGGGAACUAUCUGUGCGACAAGUACAGCUUACAGUUCAUUCCUUCCUUGAACUUUCUAGAUUUCUGUUUAUCACGACAAUCUGCUGCGCUUGGACACGCUUUAUUCGUGGGGAAUCCAAAGAUAAGAAUAGCGGAAGUUGAAGGGCAAACUGUUAAGUUAGAGGAGUUACCAAACGCCGAGCAAGAAGUCAUCGAGUGCGGUAAAUAUUUCAGGGCACAACCGUUGGUGCAACGCAUGGCCACUAAGGAGAAUGUUUUGAAGCAAAUGGCAAACGCAAGUGUUGUCCACAUAGCAGCGCAUGGCUAUUUCAAACGCGCAGAGAUAUUUCUAGCCCCUAAUGAAAGGUCACCACACCAUCCUUCAUCGUAUCUGUUAACUGCUGAAGAUAUCCAACGUUGUUUCUUGAAUGCCCGUCUUGUUGUCCUAAGUUGUUGCGAUAGUGGCCGAGGCGAAAUAUCUUCGGAGGGAGUCGUCGGCAUCGCACGUUCGUUUCUCGGAUCUGGAGCACGUGCUGUUGUCGUGGCACUUUGGCAAAUUAAUGACCUGUCUACGAUGGAAUUCAUGAUCGAGUUUUACUGUCAAAUACUCAUGGGUUUUUCGGUUUGUGGCGCGCUACAGCGGACGAUGGUUGCGCUAAAGAUAAAAUACAGCUCACCAAGUGCAUGGGCGGCGUUUCAAGUUGUAGGUGAAGAUAUCACGUUCAGCCGUGAGGAAAUUGAAGAAAUUCGCCAGCUAUCUGCCUUACGAUAAGGUAAUGGAAAAAGAAAUCAUGACUUUGGACAAAUUGUAUUCAAAGAAUGAAAAGUUUGUUUAAUACUGGGGAAAAUACUGGGAAAUGUUAAAUACCAAUAGAAAAUUGCUUACAUUUAAUACCUAAUUUUACAAUUUUUUACUACUUCGUGAGGUAGAUUACCUGUGGAUAAGGUGCGAAUCUAGAGGGUGUUUAUUGGGUUUCCCAGGAAGAAAGCCAGCCAGUUAUA